UGCCUAAAAUCCCCAAAUCUCACCGAUCAUGUCAUGGGUGGACGUUUAAAUCUUGAAGCGUAGGGUUUAGGGCAUGAUUUUAUCUCCAACCCGAUCGUCUCCCUCCCUCCAAAAUAUUCGAAGCCCAUCAUUCAACUCAUUUUCAUUCUCCCAAACUCCCAUUAGGGUUAGGGUUUUCACUGCUUCAGCUUCCGAGUAAGACACGCUAAUAAUCCACUAUGGCCAGGUACCGGAGCCGGAGUAGAAGUUACAGCCCUCGCCGGCGUAGUAGAACCCCACCACGCGGUCGGAAGAGGUAUGACGACGACCCUCGAGACCGGUACCGCGAAAGCAGGUCUCAUAGGGACCGUCGCUCUCCUGCUCCUUCUGGUUUACUCGUGCGAAAUCUCCCGCUUGAUGCUAGGCCGGAAGAUCUUAGGAUCCCUUUUGAGCGAUUUGGUCCUGUUAAGGACGUGUAUCUGCCGAAGAACUACUACACUGGGGAGCCUCGAGGAUUUGGAUUUGUGAAGUUUCGGUUUGCAGAAGACGCGGCUGAAGCAAAACAGCAGCUAAAUCAUACAGUUAUAGGUGGACGGGAGAUACGAAUCGUGUUUGCUGAGGAGAACAGGAAAACUCCUCAAGAAAUGCGUGUGACUUCACGCUCAAGUGGUAGAAGCUACAGAAGACGUUCUCCAGCAAGGUCUCCGAGACGGCGAAAUCGUUCUUACUCGCGCUCACCUUCACCUGCCAGGCACGACUCAAGGAGCCGUGGGGCAAGGGAUGAGUAUCUAUCUCCUGCACGAUCAAGAUCAAUUUCACAUUCUCGUUCCCCUCGUGAUAGGCGGGAUUACAGCCGAUCUCCUACUCCGAAGGAUAAUGGUCGUAGCCCUCGUGAAGUGGACAAUGCACGGAGUAGAUCAAGGAGUCCAAAGGGUGAUAGUCGUAGUCCUUCUGGAUCUCGUUCACGAUCCUAUAGUCCUCGCUGAUAGAGUUUUGGAAUUGUGUGGUGAUUCUGCUGCAGUCAGUCGAGAAUUGUUAAGUCUGCCUUCAGUUGUGGCCAGAUGAACUAUGCUAUUCCAUGCUUUGCAGUUUCUGUAAGGAAUUUUAUUUAUAUAUGAGAGUAGGGAGGCGAGACUUGAGAUAUGGAUUGAAGAACAAUGAGUGUUGACUUCAUAUGAGUGCAUGCUGGUACACUUCUACUUGACCUUUACUAGAUUUAGGAAAUUUGCCUUAAAUUUCGUUUUUGUACUCUUGUACAUACUCAGUGGUUGUAUUUUUCAACUUAGUGGUCUUGUUUGUUUAAUUAUCAGUUCUAUUUUGUUAUUUAGUAA